UUUGCAUUGGUGGGGGAGAAUGGGAAUGGGGCUGGCAGGCGCAACUAUUUGUCACAACUGUGCGAAUAAUAGAUCAGUGCAGUAAGCCCAGAAAAGAAAAACUAGCUCGAAAUGCGCAAUCAUUUCGUAGUUUCAUUUCGCUGCAAUGGUGGAUCCACGUAAGCAGAGCUGUAUGCCCGACACAGUUGGAGCUGGGGACUAUCAGGCAGUACCGUUACACGAAAUCAACAAUCGAAAUUCAAACUCAACAACAAAAACUACGUCAUGCUGCAGCCAUCCCCCACCGGAGAAGGAAAACGCCUUGUGCUACGGACAUGGGUACAUCAUACCCGUCUUCAUCCUUUUUGUGCUUGUGUUAAUUGUACUCCUGUUGCCGUGGGAGACAAUGAAUGGGCGCACGACCGCAGAGGAGAACCAACCCGUGGAAAUGCCGUUGCCAUGCCAACUGCAAUUGGUGGAAACCAUACCUAUUGGCCUAAGCUAUAUGCACGAUAGCCCCAAAUUUCUGAGCACUUUUGAGGCUUGGCAAUUGCUGCUGACCAAGGCGAAGUCGACGAUUGACAUAGCUGCCCCGUAUUGGACACUGCGUGGCGUCGAUUUCAACGACAGCAGCACCCACCCGGGCGAGCGACUCUUUCAGCGUUUGCUCUCGAAUGGGGAUCCAGGUAAGCCCAAGCUGCGCAUACGCAUCGCCUUGAAUAAGAGCUUGGAGAGCGAGUGGCAUGCGGAUGCCCGGAUCUUUGGCAAUUAUGGUGCCGCUCAGGUAGUGGCCGUCAAAUUGGCCAAUGAGGGCGCCUUGCACACUAAGCUAUGGAUUGUGGAUGGACAGCAUUUCUAUUUGGGCACUGCCAACAUGGAUUGGCGUUCACUGACCCAGGUCAAGGAACUAGGUGUACUUGCCCAGAACUGUCCGCAGUUGACACGCGAUUUGUCCAAGAUCUUUAGGGCCUAUUGGCAGCUGGGCAGCAGCGAGCAAGAUACAACCAUGCCGUAUCAUUGGCCGUGGCUCUAUCGCUCCAAUUACAAUCUGCGUCAUCCGAUGCUAAUCCGGAUCAAUAAGAACUAUACGAUGAGGGCAUACAUCUCGAGUGCACCACCACCGCUGACGGCCAGUGGACGUACCCACGAUCUGGAUGCGAUUCUUGAUUGCAUCAAUACAGCUGUGGAAUUUGUUAAUAUUGCCGUAAUGGAUUAUUAUCCGCUGAUUGUGAAUGGGGCCAGGCCGGAAUUCUGGCCACCAAUUGAUAAUGCCUUGCGCAAAGCGGCUGUGGAGCGUGGUGUUUCCGUUAAGUUGUUAAUCUCCUGGUGGAAGCACUCGGAUCCCAAUGAAGAUAACUAUCUGCGGUCGCUGCAGGAUCUCUCUACACUCAAUCAGCAGGUGGACAUACAAAUUCGUCGAUUUAUUGUGCCUUCGGAUGAGCAGCAGUUGAGAAUCCCAUUCGGACGGGUGAAUCACAAUGCGUAUAUGGUAACGGAGCGAAUUGCAUAUAUUGGCACCUCGAACUGGUCGGGCGAGUAUUUUACGCAUUCGGCUGGCGUUGGUCUCGUCCUGGCUGAGGUGGACUUCGAGAAUGACACACAGCACACAUUGCGAACGGAUGUGUUUAAUGUAUUCGCCCGAGAUUGGCACAGUCCAUUUGCCCUGCCUUUGAAACAUAAUUUGCAUCUUUAAAUUUUGCGCCAUCUGUCGUUUUACAAUACUGCCACUGUUAUAGUUAAAGCUGCUAAAUCUGUUGUUUUACAAUUUACCGUUUUACGAUAUUGCCACAGUUACAGUUACAGCUGUUAAAUGUUGCAAAUUGAAAUCUAACCUCAAUAAAAUAUACAAGAAUCAUUUAAA